UUGGACGGCGUGGAUCUCAACGCAUAAACUUGAUUAAACGAAGCGUGGCGGCGCGCAACUUGACGUAAAGUUGACAAUAUGAGCAAAAUCCCGAUUCCGUCUGCGUUACAGACAACACGCAAGUAGUCUGCACUGUGGUCAUGGACUAUGGAUGCUUUAAGUCUGUCCGUGAACGCGGUGUCCUACACUGUGGCGGCUGAGCUGAGCCCGAUCGAUGACCCGUUCACUGGACCCAUCCACAACAUCGCGCCGUGGAACUUCACCAUUUUGGCCCUGCUCAUGUUUGUGGUCACCUCCCUUUCUCUGAGCGAAAACUUCCUCGUCAUGUUUGCCACAUACAAGUUCAAACAACUCAGACAGCCGCUGAACUACAUCAUAGUGAAUUUGGCCAUAGCUGACUUUCUGGUCUCCCUCACAGGAGGACUCAUAAGUUUCCUGACUAAUGCCAGAGGAUAUUUCUUCCUGGGCCGUUGGGCUUGUGUGGUGGAGGGCUUUGCUGUCACUUUUUUCGGAAUUGUAGCCCUGUGGUCUCUGGCCGUUCUGUCCUUCGAACGAUUCUUCGUGAUCUGCCGACCUCUGGGUAACAUUCGACUGCAAGCCAAACACGCCGUCACGGGUCUGCUCUUCGUCUGGAUCUUUUCCUUCGUUUGGACCUUCCCUCCAGUGCUGGGCUGGAACAGAUACACUGUCAGCAAGAUUGGAACAACCUGUGAGCCUGACUGGUAUUCAUCCGACAUCACUGACCACAGCUACAUCAUCACUUUCUUCUCCACUUGUUUCAUUCUGCCUCUUGGACUUAUCUUCUUCUGCUAUGGAAAGCUCCUGAAGAAGCUCCGGAAGGUGUCCCAUGGUCGUCUGGCCACUGCCAGGAAACCGGAGCGUCAGGUGACCCGUAUGGUCGUAGUCAUGAUUAUAGCGUUCAUGGUGGCAUGGACACCAUAUGCAGUCUUUGCUAUAUUGGUUACAAUUCAUCCAAGCAUUGAACUGGAUGCGAGGUUGGCUUCCAUCCCUGCCUUCUUCUCUAAGACAGCUGCGGUGUAUAACCCAAUCAUCUACGUGUUCAUGAACAGACAGUUCAGGAAGUGCAUCAUCCAGCUCUUCACCGGCAUUGUGGCCAUGCCGGAAAGCAAUAUGAACCAGACAUCAGAGCGACCAGGAACCACUGCCGACAGUCAAACAGGAGAAAUGGCUGCCAUCGCGGCCCGUAUCCCCAUCGGUGGUACAGGAUCGCCCAGGUCUGAAGAUUCUCAGACUGACUGUGGCUCCUUUGCUCAGCGCCCCAUCCCAGAGAACAAAGUGUGUCCGAUCUAAAAGCAAAGCUACUCGCUGCAGCUCUACUCCAACAUGUAUUUCCUGUCCCAAACCCUUUUGCCAUAUUGUAGCUUUGGACUUUGUCAUUUUCUCUUAUUGUGAGGAGAGGGUAGGCUCAAAAUAUCAAUCCAAUCAAUCAAUCAAUCAAUCAAACUUUAUUUGUAAGCUCUUUUCAUACAAUGGAGUGCAAAUGCACACAACUUACCCAUUUGAUACUUCGUAAAUACAAGCUUGUCUUACAUUUGUUUCUGCUGGCGGCUACCUUUGUUGUUCUCUUGACCACACUUGCACAACUUCUAGUGUGUCACAAAAUACGACCCGUACUUUAACAGACUUGAUAGACUUUCAUACGGUAUCGCCAUGAGAAUAGAAACUUCUGGCAAAUCACGGCAUACGUUGGUCGAGGGCUAGUCAGUAAUUUUCAAAUACCAAAAUUCAGCCUUUCAUCUACUCUAUUGCCUUUGUCUUUCAAGGACCGAGACGAAGCCUGCAGAGGAAGCAUUGUUUUACUAUGCUGUUUCAGUGCUUUGCUUUGGCAGCACAUCUUCAGUCAAAUCCACCCGUCAAAAAGUUGGAAACCCCCGUCUGAAUUUGUAUUCUUUUUGUUUUUGUUCAUACUGUGUAGACGAGUGAUGGGCAGUGCUUUCAUCCAUACUGCAUGGUCAAUGGGAGAGGUCCCAAUUGACUGGACUGCUGAGAUACAGAGCAAUACAUUCAUGCAGUUAAAAUGGGAUAAACAAGCACAUGAAGAUGCACACAAUAAACACCAUGCUCAGUAGAAUUGAUCGACACACAUCUUAAUUUAUGAAGAACUCAAAGGUUCAAUAAGUUUCCCUUGCAUUUUAAUGUAUCGUAUUGCACCAAGCCAUUUCGGGCAAUUCUAUGUUUGGUUGAAUUUUGCGAGAAAAGUCAGCAACAUGAGCUGUGUGCAAACAUCACCAGGCUUUCCUGGUGAAUAAAACAAAUGACGCUGAGAUGACGAAUAAGACUACACUGUACUGUACUUUGGAAGCAAGGGUUAUUUCGCCAGCGAGCAUGAGCAUAGCUGAUAACUGCUGAUUUACCACCCACUGUAAUGGACUCGCACAGAAGUUAUUGGGUAACACACAUAAUCCUGACUACUAUUUAAUCAGAAUGAACAACAAACAGGCAGAAAACUGCUCAUCAAAGACCUACAGCACUAUGAAAAAUUAUUUGCCUUCUCAAAUUCUUAUUUUUUUCCCCCCACUCAACAAUAAGGAAUAGACUGAACGAAAAUGGUAUCCAUGACGGUUCCAAGGCGAAAAUCACCACUGACCAAAAACAACAUAAAGACUUGUCAUACUAUUGAAGAAAAUAAAUAAAUAAAUCUGAAUGAUUCCCAAGACUUUUGGGAGGAUAUUCUAUUGACUGACAAGACGAAAGUUGAACUUUUUAGAAAGUGUGUGUCUCAGCACAGAUGGCGUAAAUGUAAUACAGUAUUUCAGAAAAAGAACAUUAUACCAACAGUCAAACAUGAUGGUGGUAGUGUGAUGGUCUGGGACUGCCUUGGCAAUUCAGGAGACUUGCUGUGAUUGAUGGAACCAUGAACUUUACUCUCCACCAGAAAAUACUGAAUUAAAAUGUUUGGCCAUCAGUUCAUCACCUUGCUGAAGUGCUCUUGGGUUGAAAUGCUCGAAAUCCCUCCAGUGUUGCUGAAUUAAAACAAUUCUGCAAGGAAUAGUGGCCCAAAAUAUCUCCACAGAGACGUGAAAGACAUUGCUAGUUAUAAGAAAAGCUUGAUUUCAGUUGUUGCUGAGAGUGGCCCAACCAGCUAUUAGGUUUAGGGGGCCAUUACAUUUUCACACAGGACCAGGGAGCUUUGAAUAUUUUUUUUCCCCUAAUGAAAAAAAUGACCAUUUAAAAACUCAAUUUUAUGUUUACUUGGGUUAUCUUUGUUGUUUUCAUUUAUUUGAUGAUCUUAACUAUUCAAUGGAGAAACUAUACAAAAAAGUCAGAUUUUGAGAAGAGGGCAAACAUUUUUUCACAGCACUCUACCUCUGGCUGUACUAGAUACUACAGUACUGGCAUCAUUACAUGAUUACAUGACACAGGCAGGAAAUUAAGUCACAAAUUAAAUUACAAAUUAAACCACCACUACAUUUCUUAUUAGUAUAGGGUUAAGGCGAUAACAGUUUCACAUGUGAUUGUCUGAAACUUCUGUAUGUACAGUAUGCUUCUAACUUUGUGUUGCAGGUUUGAGACCCUUUCUGUUCCAGCAUGACUGUCCCUGUGCACCAAGCAAGGUCUUAAGACUUGCUUGGAUGAGUUUGGUGUGGUAGAUUUUACUGGCAAAUACAGUGCCAACUAAGUCCCAUCGAACACCUUCGUGAGAUGCAAGGACAGAGAUUUUGAGCCAGGCCCUCUUUUCCAACAUGAAUGACAUCUGAGAUCAUAAAUGUUGUAGCUGUUGUGUCUUUUCAGUCCAUGUUGGUGUACCAAUACAACAGUAUUGGCCAUAUAUAUAUAUAUAUAUAUAUAUAUAUAUACUGUAUAUGUAUUGAUACAUACUGUACAUUUGAACUGCACUCUGCUGUUGUUUUAUGAUAAACUCUCCAUGGUAGCAUGUUUCAAUCCAUAUUAUUGACAUUAAUCUUGCAAAUAAUAAGAUCAUAAGCACAGAUCGGUUAUCUUCACAUACACACAUACACAGAUGUAAAUUGAACAGUGUUCUAUUUUUACUUGGCUUUGUGCUGCAUGUUUGUUUUAUAUUUUUGGAUGUAUGUCCAACACUGUUGUACUCUCAAUUGCACAAGAUGUUGCACAAUGCUCUAAAAGUAAUUGUACGGCGUUUGUUGUAUACUGACUUUGUGUGUAAAUGUGACCAGUCAGGUAGGACAAACUCUGUCAGUACAUCUGUGACAAAUUCAUUGUGUUCCUUUGUCAUGGUUAUGAUUAGAACACACCAUUGUGAAUCUAAACUGUGACUUAUCAGUUAUAGAGGAUAUAUUAGGAUUUUCACCCAUACACUAUGAGAACGAGAUCGUAUGUGUCUGUUGUGUUAUUACCCUCAACUUGAUAUCAGCAUCAAUUGCAUAUCUACGGCGUAUAGAAAUAAAAAAUAGAAAAUAAAUUAGGAUAGUUUUAAGAGCAUGGCCUAAUGUGAUUGUCAAGUCGCUUCUGCUGCACGAUGGAGAUAUUUCUCCAAAGAUCCGCCCUUUCAUGCAAUUAUCUUGCGCCUGUCAAAACUCAUGAUGCGUGACAUCACUGUGGAUGUGUCUGUUUUUUAUAAAUGAAUUAUUUCGACCCACACUAGGCUGUCGGUGGCAAUAUAUAUGAUGGAAACACUACUACUACAUACUAGAUAGUAUAAAGCUAAUUGUGCAAGUGUUUUGUUCAAUGGGGUAAUUUUGGCAUAUUAACCAUAUUCAAUAAGAAUUUUUAUUGUGACAUUAUAAAUUAUAGUAGAGCAGGAAUGCGUAAAGUGCUUGAAUGACAAUUUCAUUUCAGCAGUAGUUUAUCUGUAAGUACUUGGCCUUUGAAUCCGGAGAGUUAUGGCCCAAGCACUCCUGACAAACUGGGCAAAAAAAUGGUGACUUGUUGUCAGACAGAUGUCAGUCUGCUUCUUGACUACUGUUGAGCAAGGCAAGGAGCGCCCCCACCUCACCCAGCGCAAGAGGUGCAACACUGUUUGCGUGCCUCGACAAUAUCACUCGGACAGUGUGUGAUCUUGUUCUUUGUGUGGAGAGCAUUUUAAAAAAAAAAAACAUACAACAGAUAUGUUAAAUUUCCCUGUGAGUGAUUACAACCAAUAAAAUAAACAAAUAAAAACACCAACAGUAUGGGGGCAGGGGGGAUUCAGAUGAUUUGAGAAGUAACUCAAACCUUGCUACUUACGACAUGCUAGCAGUUACCUCAUUAUGAUAGUUAGUUCUCAGCAGGAUGCUUUAAUUAUACAGUAGCUCCGAGUGCACAUUAAUAGGAGGCGCAUUCAUAAUCAGUGCGCCAAUUGGAAAUGAGGGACUCUACUAAAGAGCCAGUACACCAUAAACACCCCUCUUAAAUUGUGAUCAACCAUGGAUCCACGUUCUGGUGGAUCCAUGGAAUGGUGGACUACAAACUGGACUGGUUGCCAAUCAAUCACAGAAACAUUGCCUAUGGGUCAUUCAUUGGUAAUUUAUAUCACACCAGCUGCGCAAACGUCUGCUAUAUAUAAACCAUUAUACUACAAUGGCUUUCUACUUUGACUAAUACUGAUGUUUUAAUCCUAGCUCCAAGCACAAGGGAAAUAAAGAAGCACCGAAUUAAACUCAGUUUGACUGAAGUUUACAUAAACAAAAUGCUGAAAAUAUGGCCAGGAAAUACAAUAGCACACAAACAUGUAUAGAAUCAUGGGUACAAAAAUAGUCUUGCUUGGCAGAGGGAGCAAAGCUAAAUACUACUUAACAAACACUGCUCUCUUUCUACAUUUCAUACUGUCUACUUACAUUAACUAAUAGCUAAUUUAAUGUCAAGUCUUGU